AAAUAAGGCAUGGCAGUCAAACAUAACAAUAGAUCUCAUCUUGUGAAAAGUGCCAUCUUUGAGAGAAGCCCCAAACUCGGUGGCGGAGCGUUCUCUUCCCAAAAGUAGGGAUGGCCAGCGAGAAGAAAAUCUUUCACUUUGAUGAGGUUUCCAAGCACAACCAGACCAAAGAUUGCUGGCUCAUCAUCUCCGGAAAGGUGUAUGAUGUUACUCCUUUCAUGGAUGAUCAUCCUGGCGGUGAUGAGGUUUUGCUUGCAGCCACCGGAAAGGAUGCAACCAAUGACUUCGAGGAUGUAGGCCACAGUGACUCCGCGAGGGACAUGAUGCACAAGUACUACAUUGGUGAAAUCGACGCAGCUACAGUUCCAAAGAAGCGCGCCUACGUUCCACCACAACAAGCGGCAUACAACCCCGAUAAGACCUCUGAGUUUGUGAUCAAGAUAUUGCAAUUCCUUGUGCCGAUCAUGAUUUUAGGCUUGGCCUUUGCGGUUCGGCACUUUACUAAGGUAGAGUAGCUGCAUUUUGUUCUUUAAAAAGCUAAGAAAGUCGAAAAUCAUAUCUGUGAACCAACAAUGUUUGGUUUGUAGAACAGUUGGUAUUACUUCGUUGUUAUGCUUUGUUAAGAUGCUAUAAAUGACUUAUCUCUUGAAACUCUUAUUUUUCUUUGGUAUUGUGUUGCAACAAAGCUUAAAUUAUUCAGCA